GAGCUUGGUACAGUGUUCUUUUACUUGUCUGUCUCUCAGCUCUCUUGUCCGUGAGUUGAAAAUGAUUAGAAUAGGCCUGCCUCAGGGUUGCUCUGGGGACUGAUUGAGUCUGUAGGGCAUUCUGUUGAGUGCAUGGCACAUUACAAGUAGUAUGCAAGAGUACCCAGUGCCCAGCCUGGCCUGGUGGUAGUGCAGGCCUGUGAUAACAGCUCCUUAGGAGGCUGAGACCUGCGUGAGCUACAGAGUAAGUUCAAGGCCAGCCUGGGCAACUUAGUAAGACUCUGUCUCAGUAGGGGAUAUAGCUUAGUGGUAGAAUGCUUGUUUGGCAUGCACAAAGCCCUAGGUUCACUUAUCAGUACUCUGGGGGGAAAAUUGUGCCCAGUUCCUAAAGCUUGACCAACACUGACUUCCAUAAUUUCAUCAAUUCUAGCAAUCUGAUAUGUACAAAAAUAUAAUUGUGCUGGGCAUGUUGGCACAUGCCUUUAAUCCUAGCACUCAGGAAGCAAAGGCAGGUGGAUCUGAGUUUGAGGCCAGCCUGGUCUUUAUAAAGAAUUCCAGGCUAGUCGGAGCCACAUGGUGAGACACUGAGACCCUGUCUCAAAAAUAAAAUAAAAGCUGUGUUUCCCUAAUUUCUCUCAAAGCUCAACUCAGGAGCACAUCCUUGAGGCCAGCUCUAUGGGCAGGACCUCUGGUGCUCCGCUGGGGCCUCUAGUCCUCCUUUACUCAUAAUCCCCCUCCCUCUCAUUUGGUCAUCUCUGCUUGUAUUGCUGUUAGGCUGGAGUCUUGUUUACUGGAUAUCUAAUUUCCUUUCAAAGGUCAAGUUGGAGUUUGGGGCACCACAGGGUGAAAAGCAUUUGUGGCUUCUGAAGAAUUAGGAAUUUGAUUUUGUUGGCUGGAGAUGUUGCUUUGUCAUGGUUAUUGCUAUAUACCGUCUCAGUCCCCCUUCCCUCCUGAAGGGCAUCUCUUGGAGACCUGGAAGGCUUCUCCAGAAGCAUGAGGACUGACGACAGGCCAGGGCUGGCUUCUGAUAGUGGGCAAAGUGAUAUGUUAGCCAUCCACUUACUGAGACAAAUCAGGGAAGGACAGCCUUGAAACUGGUGUGUUGGGAAAUUGUAUGAUGUCUGGUUUCAUUAAGUAGGUCCAUGAGGACUCCCAAGGCAUUAGCACAGCCACUUCUCCUGUCCCUUCUGAGGUCCUCUGUAGGAUUCCUGCUUUAGACUAGGCUGGGUCUUUGCAGUGUCUCAGGCAGCCAGACCUAUAUUCUAGAGGCUGGGCUCUAAGCUCAGAAGAGUAGGAAAGGUUUUCCUUGGGUCUGGGCUGAUAGCCUGGCACCCCUGCACAUGUGGUAGUUAAGUGCCCCCCCCCAAGACAUCAGCCAUGGCAGGUGCAGGGUAGUGGGUGUCUGAGGAGGUAGCCGACUCAGCUCCAAACAGUUCCUUUCCUGCCCUCAGUGGGCCACAUUCCCAGACUGGUAUUUUGGUUAGUGUGACAGGGCCCCAGAGUCAUCUGGCUCUGGCACAAGCCACUGUCCUUCCUCACCCCCAGGAGAUAGCUCUCUAUAAAAGUGCUGAGCUGCUCUGCUUGUCUCACUGUGUGUGUAGAAAUCGGGGGGGGGACCAUGGACUUCAUCAGCAUUCAGCAGUUGGUAAGCGGAGAAAGAGUUGAUAGGAAAGUGUUGGGGUUUGGACAUGGAAUUCCUGAUCCUGGAGGUUGGCCUAGUGAUUGGAGGCUGGGACCCCAAGAGGCUGUGGCCCGGGAGAAAUUGAAGUUGGAAGAGGAGAAGAAGAAGAAACUGGAAAGAUUUAAUAGCUCCAGACUGAAUCUGGACAAUCUGACGGAUUUGGAAAACUUAAUUCAAAGACGAAGAGAAAAACGACUGAGAUGCAAAGGCCCCCCCAGGGAACCUGAGCCUGUUGUUGAGCUGCAGCCCCAGUUCCGGAUGGACCCUGUGGACCUGGAGCUGUUCCUGAAGGCAGCUGCUGAGAACCAGGAAGCCCUGAUUGACAAGUACCUGACAGAUGGAGGGGACCCCAAUGCCCAUGACAAGCUCCACCGCACAGCCUUGCACUGGGCCUGUCUGAAAGGUCAUGAACAGCUGGUGAACAAGCUGCUCGUGGCAGGGGCUGCUGUGGAAGCACAGGACUUGCUGGACAGGACACCUCUGUUCUGGGCCUGCCGUGGAGGGCACUUAGACAUCCUCAAACAGUUACUUAACCAGGGAGCUCAGGUCAAUGCACGGGACAAGAUCUGGAGCACCCCUCUCCACGUGGCAGUGCGCACAGGCCAUUCUGACUGCCUGGAGCACCUUAUCGAGUGUGGAGCCCACAUAGAUGCACAGGAUAAGGAGGGGGACACAGCUCUUCAUGAGGCUGUGCGCCAUGGCCACUACAAAGCCAUGAAGCUGCUGCUGCUAUAUGGAGCCAAGCUGGGCAUGAAAAAUAUGGCCUCCCUGACUCCAGUGCAGCUGGCACGAGACUGGCAGCGGGGCAUCCGGGAAGCACUACAGGCCCACGUAGGGCAUCCCCGCACCCGAUGCUGAUGACUAAGACCUGUGGGUCACUCACAACCACCAUUCCACUGGCCCCCACCUUCCACCCCAUCCUCCCCAUCCUCCCCACCUUCCCUGUAGCUGUGCCCCCUAUGGUUCUCUACUUUUGGUUACAAUUCCUCUCCAGGUUUGCUUCCUCAGGCCUGAGGCAGCAGGUAGAGCAGGUCUCAAAGUUUCGACGAGGUGGGGUUGUGUUCUCUGCUAGGGCUGGAGCAGAGGACCACAGGGCAGCAAGAAGCAAAGUGGGUCCAGAUAAGGGCUGAGACUAGAGCAGGAAGUGAACAGGCCAGCACUACCCAGGGCUGAAUCUAGACAUCUGCCUACUGAUCCUCAGGAGACUGGCCCUAGCCUGUUCUAUGGGUGGAGAUCCAUAUGGCCAGCAGCUAUAUCCAGGGCAUAAAAGGAAAACAAAGCAGGCCAUACAGGUGCCAGGUAUUUAUGCAGCUCACCGCUGCCCUUUGGCAGCAUUUUCCCAGAGUUCCAUUCCUAUCAGCAGCAACCCUGAUAGUGUCUGGAGUCGUUCUAGCCAUUUCUGGUCUACAGGACUCUGGAGGUGGGUUCUGGCAAGCUGAGGGGUAUGUCAACAGGUUUGAGGGUCCCACAGUAGUCAGCACCUACCAGGUUGCCUCAGACAGAUGAGCUAGAACUAGUGUGUGCUUUGGGAAAACUGCCAAAAGGCCUCAGUCAGGCCCUGCCAGCCUUAUGCUGUUGGCUAGUCACGUGGCGGUACAGUGCCUGGGUGCUAGGGAUUGUUUGUGGCCCACUCAACUACUGGGGUGGUGGCCCACAACCCUAGUUUGCCUGAGGCUCUAAUAAUCCUCGGCUUUGGAGACGGCACUUUGGCCUGAAGUCUGUAUCCCCUGCACACUGAGAAGCUCGGAACUUGGCCAUGGUCCCUGGUCUAAGUGGUGGUGUGAGGAGGAUUUCACACAAGCUCCAACAUGGUGUCUUCCUUCUGUUGGUUUUUGUUUCUAGCUUCACUGAUAGACCUCUAUUACUGGCAGAGCUGGCUCCAGAGCUGGGCCCUCAACUGAGACCACAGGCUGAGGGAACAGUGAAAAGACAAAGAUUUUUACCUCCCUCACAUGGUCCCGGGCUGACAUCCGUAUUGCAGCAGUUAUUUUCACUCACAUUUUAGUGGCCUUCUCAGACCAUUGUUGACCAGUGCUCCAUCCCAGGGGCACAUACCUUUCCAUAGGCAGGUCCUGCUGUGUAACAGCCAAUGUGUGCCCAGAUACUAGUGCUGUGGGCAAAACAGGCAUUCAAGACUACACAAGACAACUCCUCAUAUAGAAAAUGAGGACACUAAGUGACAGACAAAAACACCUUUUUAUACAGAUCAGUGUUUUCUCAUUAAAUUGAUUAUCCAUCACA